AUGGCGUGCAUCCUCAUGGAGCAACUGGACCAUCUGCUAGUAAGCCCGGACUAUCCCGCGCGUCACCGCCCCGCUGUCAAGACAUCCACAUUCGAGGGGGCCCUCCCAGAGAUAUUCGACUCGCUCUGCCGACCGGCUCAUGAGAUAUUGGUCCUGUUCAAGUCGAUCGUCACCGCCCUCGGUGACCCGCAGGAGCCGGACAAGGUGACCGUCUCCACAACUAUCGCAGACCAUACGAAAUGGCCGCGGUCAACGGUCAUGGUCCUUCGUCUGGCCACAAAUUUCAUCUUGACUCAGAUCCGCAUCAGACGUGUCGUCCUGGUCCAACGCAACGAGGACUGCUUUCUCGGAAGCAUCUUCGCCUCGAAGGACGGCAUGGACUAUUCCGGGAUCGUUGCAGGUUGCCGCGAGGGUGCCGAACCCCACAGCCUUCCAGAGACCUUUGUUGACACUGUCGACUGCCUCUUCAACGGUCCUGUCAACAAUCACAUCGUGAGCAUCACACAAACCUGUAUGCAGCUUGCUGGAAACCAGCCACUGCCUCGCUUCCGUGCUGGCGGCCUCGCUGUGAACCCUUCUGGCGCCAGCCGUGGCCAGCACACGGUCGAGGGACCGGCUGGAGGGCAGGACAGCGAUUCUAGCUUUGACGCCUCCUGCCACACUGCAGCGGAGUCGGUCGCCAUUUUGGCUGGUGUUGGCGCUCAGGUCCCCGUUCAGGAACAGGCCAGCCCCAUCAGUAUGUUUCCACUACAUAUUUCCUGCCUCAUCAUGCUGACUCAAGCUCCCAGGUGGCGACUCCGCAGGGAGCACCUCGCCUAA